GCCGCAGUCUCCACGGUGUAGUUCGAGUCUGCAGUGCCUUCGCUUCCUCGCCGCCGAUGCUCAGGACACAACACCAUGAGGUUGUUCCUUGUUCAGGCGCUGUUGGUGACCUUGUCUGCGGCCUCCGAGGACUUUGACCUCACGCUCUUUUGCUGCCCGACCAACGACCGAAUUCUGACGGAGCUCCAGAAAGUGCAAGACAUCGACGAUAAACUGGCUACCUUAACUUCGACGAUUAGGAAACUCCAAGAAGCAAUGACGAAACAACACACAGCCGUUAUCCACCAAGUCGAAAUCACACGCAGACAGGUGGAGGAACUGACCGCAAAGAUCGAGCAGAUGGACACGAGGCGAGAGGAGAGUGAUCGCCAAAUGGCAGAGUUCAUGGCAGGGACUGAAGAUUACCUGGCGACUGUAGCAUCCAGAUUUCAAGAGUUGCUGGAAAUUCUGGAGAAACAAUACAAAGCCUCCGGUCGCGGCCGCCAAGAGCUCGAGAAGAAGGUUGACAUCUUGGACAUCAUCCAAAGACAAACAGCCAUGGACGUCUACACACUCAUGACAGACGUGGACGAGUGCCUCCUCGGGAAUGCCACGUGUCACCCGACUGCCAACUGCAACAACAUCGCCGGCAGCUUCCUUUGCCUGUGCGACGGAGGCCACGUCGGGGGGGGCGACCUGCCCUGUGUCGACAUCGACGAGUGCACGGAGGGAUUGCACGACUGCCACGGGAACGCCACUUGCACGAACCUCAAGGGCGGCUUCAACUGCACGUGUCUCCCAGGGUACGAAGGGGACGGCAGGACGUGUGUAGGUGAGCUUCAGGUGCUUCAGGAGGGGCUGGUUGUAGGUGGUGCAGGGGAUUCAGGUGCUGUUGCAAGUGUGGCAGGUGCGUCGGGGAUAUCAGGUACUGUUGCAAUUGCUUCAGGUGCUGUUGCAAUUGUGACAGGUGCUUCGGGGACUGGUUUAGGUGUUGUAGGUGCUUCAUGUGCUUAUAAUGUGCAGGUAGGAGAGAUCCCUUGCCCAACACUCAAAUUCCCACAAACUAUAAGGAUAACCCAAGCAUAUACACUAAACAUAGCUCAGACCACCACCAUCUCUGACUACAACUUCGACCAGCCACGUCCACAGUUGCCGAUGUGCAAAAAACGGAAGCUCACUCUGCCCAGCCACCAAGCCCUCUUGCACCAACACGGGGGGGUGUCUACGUUUGCACUCUCUGCUACCGAGGGCACACGCGACGGAUUUCUAACUGUACCGGUCAUGUUUGUAUGA